AUGCCGACUUAUCCUUCCAAUGCUGUCUUUUCUGCCUUUUCGUUCGUUGGCUUUAUCCUGGCGCUCAUUCCUUUCUCCUGGCAUUGCAGAGCAUCCAGCAUUGGCACCUGCUUAUUCGUUACAUGGACGGGACUCUUAUGUCUGGUGUUCUUCGCCAACUCAAUCAUUUGGAAUGACAAUGUAAUCGACUGGGCUCCGGUGUGGUGCGAUAUCUCGUCACGCUUCAUUGUCGCGAUGAACGCGGGCUUUCCGGUAGCAUGCCUAUUGAUCAAACGGCGACUCUACAAUAUAGCUCGUAUGUCACCAGUGACGAAUAAAAGCCGAGAGCUCGCUCUGGAAUUGGGUCUUGGAUUGGGGCUUCCAGUCCUCGAGGUCGGCCUUUAUUCUACUGUCGAAGGCCACCGCUUCGACAUCUACGAAGAAGCCGGAUGUUGGCCUACCAUGGUCAUUCUCCCAUGGGCGUAUCCGCUGGUCAUAUGCGUACCUCUCAUCAUUGGCCUUAUCAACCUGCUCUAUGGAACUCUGACCAUCUACCGUGUCGUAAAGGAACGACGUGCUCUACAGGAACUACUCCCAACGACUCACAAGAUUUGCGACCAUCCCAUCGACAGCCAUUUCAUCCGCCUCCUCACCCUCUCCUCAGUUGAAGUCAUCUUCACUAUUCCUCUGGCCUGCCUUGAAAUUUACAUCGAUAGCCGGAAUGGAUUAUACACCUGGCGCGGUUGGGCCGACUUGAGAUACAAAUUCUCUCGUAGCUUCUUGUACCCUUCAGUCAUCUGGAGAGCGGAUGGGUAUCGCUUGGCAGGAGUCGAGCUCAACCGUUGGAGUCCUGUGCUUUGUGCAUUUGUAUUUUUCUCCCUGUUUGGCUUUGCAGACGAGGCGAGAAGGAACUAUAAGGCAGCAUGGAGGGUCUUGAAGCGGCCUAUAAUCUGGAUCGCGCCUGAAUGGAUGCGAAGGUAA